AUGGCUGCCAGCACAGACCCCAAGUCUGGUGCUGUCGACCAGCCCCAGGACGACUCCUCCAAGCUUAAGACGUUUCUGGGUAUCCUGCGCAAAUUUGUUGGAGUCGCCGACAUUGCCUCUGUUCGCUUUUCGCUUCCAGCACAGCUCAUGGAACCCACUCCAAACCUUGAAUACUGGAACUAUCUGGACCGACCUGAGACGUUUGCUAGCAUCGGGACAUCCGACGAUGAGGUAGGCCGUAUGCUCGAGGUUCUGCGAUUCUGGUUCACAAAAGAUUUGAAAUAUGUUAAGGGCAAGCCGUGCAAACCAUACAACUCCACGCUGGGAGAAUUCUUCAGGGCUUAUUGGGAUAUCGAUGAGUUGAAGCAGCCGAUACUCGAGGGAGCGGACAAUAAUACGAAUGGGUCAGCUGCCAAACCCGAACACAAUAACGUCCCCGCCAAAGUCUGUUAUCUCACCGAGCAAACAUCGCACCACCCGCCAGUGUCAGCAUUCUAUAUUGAUUGCCCCGAACAAGGUGUCUCGGCGCGAGGAUUCGAUCAGAUUAGUGCGAAAUUCACAGGGACGAGCAUACGCGUGGGCCCGGGCCAGCACAACCUGGGCAUCUUUGUGACCUUGGAAAGUCGCGAUAAUGAGGAGUACCAGCUUACGCACCCAGCAGCCCAUCUAGGAGGCUUUUUGCGAGGCACCCUGUCGAUCAGCGUCGCAGACACCUGCUACGUGACCUGCCCGAAAACUCGCAUCAAGGUCAUUCUCCAUUAUCUCGAGGAAGGCUGGGUUGGUCGAGCGCAAAACCGUGUCGAGGGUGUCAUUUUCCGGUAUGACCCAGCCAAUGACAACAAAACCAAAAUCAAAGACGUCCCUCAAAGCGAUGUGCUAGCGCGCAUUAGUGGAUGCUGGCGCGAGCAAAUAUACUAUACCUUGGCAGGCUCGUCGGAGCAGAAACUGAUCAUCGACCUUGUCCCGCUAUUCCCAUCUGCCAAAGUCGUUCCUCCCGAAGAGCAGCAACUCAGCAACGAAUCUCGAAAGUUUUGGUCACAGGUGACCACUUCUAUCUUGGAUAAACAGUACGGCCAAGCAACCAAAUACAAACAGGAAAUCGAAGAGCGUCAACGAGAAAAAGCCGCUGCCCGAAAGGAACGCAACGAAGACUGGACGCCCAGAUUCUUUACCGGCGCGGUGACACCCCUCGGGAAACCAGAUCUCACCGAUGAAGGGAGGAAAGUUCUAGCCUUGCUUCACAAGGGAGAGUAUCAGCUCGAAGAAAGCACUACCACCGCGGCAUAA